AUGGCGUCAAACCAACAGGACGCCAAUAUCGGUGUUGUGGACAGACAAACGGAGCCGAAGCGUCGAAGGCGCUCCAGCGGAACAGCGUUCAGUAGCAUGGAGCUUCACAGGCGCUUCGAAGAGCAUGUGGCUAAAGCGCAGCAACUCUUUUUACAGGGCAAUAAGGAUGGCGCAGAGCAGGAGGCAACGCUAGCGCUGCGUAUUCACCCUACAGAUCACCUAUUCGCACUCCUUGCUGUCAUAGCAGAGUCCAAAGGACAGUUCAACCGCGCAAGCGACUUGCGUCUGCUCCAGGCAUUCAUGGCAAAUGAUGCAGUGCUGUGGGAGGAGCUGCUCCAUGAGUUCAUGCAGGAGCGAUUGUAUUACAAGUCAGCGGUGUGUUUGCAUCGACUAGCAGUCCUGGAGACAAGGGACAAGGUGCGCUACCGGACUCUGCAGUUGCAGUUGGCGGAUCUAUACAUCGGGUUGGGAGAGUUCAAACGUGCUGCCCACAUAUUGAUUUCUUUGUGGAAUGGAAGCAGGUGCCGUGACUUUGAGGUAUUUGCAAUGCUGUCGUCUCUUUUUUUUCAACUGGGGAGGUGGAAUUCCCUGCAUCGCCUUAUUGAAUCAAGUCUUAAGAGUACUUUCCGCCCUGUAGUGUGCACGAUGGAAGGUGGUGAAAAGCCACCCGAUGCUCCGUCCUCACGCCUCGGCAGGGAGCCUUCGACCGUGGAGGGUAAGGAAGAACUGACUGCUCCUAUGGCCAGGCGAAGGGUGCCCAGGCGUGUCCGUUUUUUUGGUGUCGACGAUAACGACGAGUGCGAUAAUGACACUGACAGUGUUGUGAAGCGAGCGGAGGGGAUUCAGCAAGCGGGAUCGUUGUCACAACCCACGCCAACGGUGGACAAUACUUGUUUGGCUGAAGCUCUGUGUGAGGGAGAUGAUUUUGAUUUCACUAGUGAAGGGUGUGACUCUCAAAGUGUUCAUGGCAUCCGUUCGGGUGCUUGCGCGACACCCUCAGCAGUAAUUCAUUCGAUGUAUGGUGACAGUGUGAAGUUUCGUACGGCGACGGACAAAAAAAACUUUCUUACGCUUGUAAACGUCCAUGCUGAACUGUUAAAUGAGGAGGGCAAUUUUCCUGACACUGUACGACUGGUGGAAUUUGCUGCAGGGUGCCUCAAUGUGUCCCUGCUGGAGCUUCAUCCUGAUUUGCUUGUUCGUCUCGGGGUAGCGUACGCUUUUUUGGGGGGAAUGGAGCAGCAGUGCCGUGAAGUAUUUCACCACCUCGUUGACACCUGUCCGAUGGCUGAAUAUGGCGAUGUUCUGUACGACGCUGCCAAUGCGCUCCAGCAAGUAGGGUUGCAUACGGAGGCACGAAUGCUCUUUCAGACAGUCCGCCGUUACCACGAAUUUCGUAUGAAGGGCAGUAAUGGCAACGCUGAUGAUGGUAACAAUCUGGAUGAUGAAGAGAAGACGGAGGUGAAGACGGUUUUUGUUGCGGCCCUCUUCGCCGAGAGCCAAUGUGAAGCUUCGUUGGGAAACAUCGAGGUCGCAUGCGAUAACCUCUGCCGAGUGCUUGAGGUAGACCCUCACCACCUCCAAUCCCGUCUGGCUCUGGGUCGGUUGUGCAUGUACGACAUGAAUGACACCGAGCGGGCUAUUGAAGUUCUCACCCCACGCGAGAGUGAACCUCCCCUUGAACGUAUUCAGCUUGCUGCAGAGCUGGUUCGUGUGUUUGCUCGGUCGAAGAAGUACGUGGAGGCUAUCGCGCUCGGCGUCUCCGUGUUUGAGCUCAUUAUGUCUAGCCAGUAUGAGGGUGACGCGGACUCUGUUGCUCCAGGUUCAACCAGGCGCAGCACGGCUCCCCUGUCGAUGCCUACCCUUUCCCCCGCCAGCUCCGCGAUAAUUCCCCCGUCAGCUAUAUCUGACAUCGUUAAUGGCCCCCGGCUGUCGAGCUCCGCUGAUUUGUCCAGUACUCGACUUUCACAUGCGCUUGCUACAUCUAUACGCGCAUCGAGUGUCGCUUUUCGGAUCAACUUAGCACGGCGAGGUGGUACGCCGCUGACGGCAUCGGUAUAUGGGGCUUCUGCGGCGGCGUCGACGGUGGCUGGCUGGUCGCACGGGGACGAGGAGACUGGUCAGAAAGAUAGCUCAACUAUAUUUCGCUUUAAUCGAACUCUUAAGCCGGUGGGGUGCCUUCGGCCCGUGAAUAAGGGUACCUGCAACCGGAAGUGCCCUAGAGCUGCGGACGAGGGGGACGUGGAUACUGAGGAUGACUGUCGGCGGGCCAGAAAACGUCGACGCGAAGAGGAAGUUGCACAACGAGAUGUGCGGUCCUUUUGGAAGGAACACGCUGACUCCGACACGGACAACUGUGGGGAACCUUCUAACCAGGAGAAUGAAACAGAGCAUCAAAUGGAGCAGGGUGGUGCGCAUUUGUCCACUGAUAAAAAAUCUGAGAACGAGGAUGAAGGCCCUUGCAUCGAUGAUGGUAGUGAUGACGGCGAUGCCACCAGGUUUGAGUUGCCCUCCUUAGAAGAGGUCAGUAAACAGUUUGGCGAUUCUUACAUGCAGGAGCUCUUUAUGCAGGCCUCAAGCAAUGAGGCAAUGACUUCUGCGGGACAUAUGCCGGCCUCCAAUGUUGGGGGGACGAUAGCUCUAGACAAUGUACUAGGCGAUGACACUGAAGCAGGCUUGGGACAGGCGGCGGCACCGUUGCGCGUGACGAUGCGCGACGCGUUAAAGGUGCUGGGUUGUGCCGGGUUUAUUGAACUCGCUGUUACCGUCGUUGAUUGCUACGGGGCAAUUGGGAAAUUUACGGAGGCGAAGGAGUUCGCCUUCGUUGUGCUAAUUGGCUGCCAGCGCACAAGCAUUUUUCGUCACCUAGUCACAAUGGAGCGCCCCCUUCGUUGGGCCGUUCUGCGUGCUGCUCUUGCAUCGGGAGAGUGUGAAGAUGCGUAUCGUGUAGGAAUUCGUCUCUUACAGGAACAAUGCAGUGAGCAAGAGAAAGAUAGGAUAUUGGAGUUGCUAUUUGGUGUGCUCAACCGCACGGAGAUGGGCUCUUCCAUUCUGCUCCGCCUUGUGGCAGGGGGAUACCAGGAAAAUCCAUCGGUGCUUGUUCUUUUGGGAAAUCGCUACUUCCUCCGCCGUACAUACAUUCGGGCACUUAACAUGUAUCUCGCCGCCAUGCAGAGGCGUCCCAACGAUGUUCUUGUCUGCUUCCUUGUGGGUGUGUGCUUUCUGUUGGUUAGCCACCAAAAGAGAAUACGUGCAAGAAACGCAUGCGUGGUGUCCGCCUGGCACUAUUUGUUGAGGUAUCAAGGGGCUUUGCGUGACAUUGGCCCUCAGCGCCAGGCCGAGGCAACGUAUAACUGUGCCCGAGCCCUACAAUACCUCGGGCUACACCACCUUUCCACGCCCCUGUACGAACAGGUCGCGUACGAGUACAGCGUGCCGGAACAGUGCUCCCUACCUCUACAGCGCGCUGCGCGGUUCAACUUGUAUUUUACGUACCGUUGGCGCACAGGCAACUCGAGGCUGGCGCUUGAUGCGUUGCAGCCCCGGUUUUGA